AUAUCGCUCAUGUCAACGGGCUUGGGUCUGCUGUUGGGCUCCAGCUUCAAAGGAUUGCACGCUUUGUACUUGGGACCUCUCACCAUAGGAGUUAUGGUGAUGACUAUGAACCUGGCUGUACAUGGUAAAGAUUACCCAGCCUUUCACGAAUUUUUAAUUUAUGGAAGUUUUAUGAGAUAUGCUUUGGAAGCAACUUUGGUGCCGAUGUUAGGUCUAAAUCGUCCCGACUUUCCUUGUCCAGAGGGAAAUCCUUGUCUAGCAGUGAUUACAAAAGCAAAAUAUAUUCUAAAGUUCAUUGGAUGUUUGGAUAUGGACUAUGGCCGCUCCAUAGCCAUUAUGAGUGGCUGUUCACUAACAUUUAGUUUGUUAGCAUUCUUCAUAUUAAAAUUUCGUCUUAGUUUUAAGCAAAUGUCUAAAAGUAAAAAGUUAAUUUGAACGUAUUGAAUAUCCACCACCAUGGAUAAAGUAACCAUCCUCUUU